AUGUCGUUAGAGGGAAAGAUUGCUAUUGUUACUGGGGGAGCUAGAGGCAUCGGAGCAGGGAUUGUUCGUAGCUUAAGCAAGCAAGGCGCAAAGGUCGCUUUCAACUAUGUUUCACCCUCGUCUAAAACCGCCGCCGACAGCCUCGUUGAGGAACUCCGCGGCAAUAACAAAGAGUCCGUUGCAAUCCAAGCAAAUGUGACAGACGUAUCCGCGCCAGACACGAUUAUUAAGGCCACAUUGGCUGCAUUCCAGGCGGACCAUAUCGACAUCCUGGUCAAUAACGCCGGAGCAGGCGACAACAGACCGCUUGAAGAAGUGACGCUAGAAAUCUACUCACACCUUAUGGAUGUGAAUGUCAAGGCAGUUGUCUUCAUGACACAGGCCGUGCUUCCAUUUAUCAGCCGCGGUGGACGUAUUGUCAACUUGUCGUCCAUCUCAGCAAGGGGCGGAUAUCCCACACAAUCAGUCUACGCAGCGAGCAAAGCUGCUGUCGAGGGAUUAACAAGGGUCUGGGCGACCGAACUCGGGCAUAAGUAUGGCGUGACAGUCAACGCUGUGAACCCGGGCCCUGUUGACACUGAUAUGUAUCAGGCCGCUGGCCCGGUGCACUUGGCUCGAAUGGAGGCGGAGAACAAGAAGGUACCUGCAGGACAGCGAUGUGGUACUGUAGAUGACAUUGGUGAUAUUGUCACAUUCCUCUCCGAAGAGCGGUCUCGAUGGGUUACUGGGGAUGUUAUCUGUGCCAACGGUGGCAUAUUAUAUACCUAG